GGCGUAGUUACUGCCUGGCCUUCUGCAGGCCCCUGCUGUGAGUACUGGGUUGGGGGGAGUGGACACACGGAGGUGAGGAAGGCUACCCUGGCACAGGGCCACACGACCUCAAUAAGCAUUAUAGUUGGGCUGGGGUGCAGCUCAGUGGCAGAGAACUUGCCUGGCAUACAUGAGGUCCUGGGUUCAAACGCUAGUACCACAAAGCAAACACAAAAACACCCUCAUGGCUCAUAGAAUGGGAAUUGGGAGGAAACAUUAGCUCGUGAAUAGAGCAGUGGGAGGAGUGAGAUUUGAGGUGCUUCAGCUUGUGGUGUACCACUGUGAACCUGGAUAGCUCUGGGUUAGUUCUAUUUGCCCGUAGAAGAGGGACAGGGUGCCCAGACUGGCUGGGUUUGGGGAAGUGUCAGGCCUCUGGAGACUGCUCCAUAUCCUGUUUGGAGCCAGCCGCAGGGCAGAGGUAGGGGAGAACACCCAGGUGUCCUUUGGCUGGGGGUCCAUGGUAACUGCUGAACCUGCAGGGUGAGGCUUGUGCACUGGGAGGCUUCCUGGAAGAGGUUGACCUUGUAGGCUGGGGAGGACCUGGGCAUUGGAGGGGUAGGCUGGGCAGAGGUGGCUGUGGUGAGAGGCGCGUGGGGCAGUAGGCUGCCCUUUGCGAUGGGAGUGUGGGUAUGGGCCAUGAGGCUGAGUACCUGGUGGAGCUGACCCCUGGAUGCCCUUUCUUGUGGUAGGGAGCCAUAGAAGGUGGUAGAGGGGCACAGUGGCCAGACAAGAACUGCACUUUUUGAAAGUAAUCUAGGGACGGUAAGGAAUAGGGCAGGGCUACUCCCCCGCCUGGGCAGCCCUGUCCACUGCUUUGUCCUUUGGCACAGAUUCUAGUCAUUUAACCAAGAUCCUCCUCCACUGCUUCACCUGCAAAAUGGGAUGUGACAAGGGCUGGGACCAGCGCUGGCGCCAACCUCUAGUGGCCAUGAAGUAGCCGCUUGCCCUGAACUCGCAACUGAUGUCUCCACACUGCAGCUCUACUCUGAGGACCCUUGGAAAGUCAGAACCCAGUCUCGCCCAGCCCUUGCUGGCUAACCAGUCUCAGAAUUAGAAUCAUCCCUUCCCCAUGCUGCUGCGUCCUCCAUCCUCUUCAGGUCCAUCCCAGAGCCCACAGGUUCCUGCCAGUCCCCUGGCUCACAAGAGUUUCCAGGCCCUACCUGGUGAGUUACUUGGAGACCGAAGGAGGAUGAGAGAGAAGACUAGAGGCCUCUGUAAUGUUGCCACCUCUGUGUCCACUCCUUAUCCUGGCCCUAAGCCUGAGGCUGGUCAGAACACUCAACUCCAAUGAUCCCAACACCUGCACCUUCUGGGAAAGCUUCACCACCACCACUAAGGAGUCCCACUCCCGCCCCUUCAGCCUGCUCCCCACAGAGCCCUGUGACAGGCCCUGGGAGGGCCCCCACACCUGUCCCCAGCCCACGGUUGUCUACCGGACUGUGUACCGCCAGGUGGUGAAGACAGACUACCGCCCACGCCUUCAGUGCUGUCAGGGCUUCUACGACAGCAGUGGGACCUGUGUCCCGCUCUGUGCCCGGGAGUGUGUCCAUGGCCGCUGCGUGGCGCCCAAUCAAUGCCAGUGUGUGCCAGGCUGGCGGGGUGAUGAUUGCUCCAGUGAGUGUGCUCCAGGAGUAUGGGGGCUACAAUGUGACAAGCCCUGCCACUGUGGCAACAACAGCUCCUGUGAUCCUAAGAGUGGGGAGUGUUCUUGCCCCUCUGGCCUGCAGCCCCCAAACUGCCUUCAGGCCUGCCCCCCUGGCCACUAUGGACCUGCCUGCCAGUUCAGCUGCCAGUGCCAUGGGGCACCCUGUGAUCCCCAGACUGGAGCCUGCAUCUGUCCCCCAGAAAGAACAGGUCCCAGCUGUGAUGUGUCCUGUCCACAGGGCACUGCUGGCUUCUUCUGCCCCAGCACCUAUCCUUGCCAAAACGGGGGUAUCUUCCAGGCCUCCCAAGGCUCCUGCAGCUGCCCACCCGGCUGGAUGGGCGCCAUCUGUUCUCUGCCCUGCCAAGAAGGCUUCCAUGGACCCAACUGCUCCCAAGAAUGUCACUGCCACAAUGGUGGCCUCUGCGACAGAUUCACUGGGCAGUGCCACUGCGCUCCGGGCUACACGGGUAAUCGGUGCCGUGAGGAGUGUCCGGUGGGCCGCUUUGGGCAAGACUGUGCGCAGAAGUGCGACUGCGUCCCUGGCGCCCGCUGCUUCCCGGCCAACGGCGCGUGCCUGUGCGAACACGGCUUCACCGGGGACCGCUGCUCGGAGCGCCUCUGCCCGGAGGGCCUCUAUGGCUUUACCUGCCAGAUGUCCUGCACCUGCGACCCGGAACACAGUCUCAGCUGCCACCCGAUGAACGGUGAGUGCUCGUGCCGACCGGGCUGGGCUGGCCUCCACUGCAACGAGAGUUGCCCACAGGACACGCACGGGCCCGGCUGCCAGGAGCACUGUCUCUGCCUCCACGGCGGCGUCUGCCUGGCCGACAGCGGCCUCUGCCGGUGCGCGCCCGGCUACACGGGACCCCACUGCGCUAGCCUUUGUCCCCCAAACACCUAUGGGGUCAACUGCUCCUACAACUGCGCAUGCGAAAAUGCCAUUGCCUGCUCCCCCAUCGACGGCACGUGUGUCUGCAAGGAAGGUUGGCAGCGUGGUAACUGCUCUGUGCCCUGUCUACCUGGAACCUGGGGCUUCGGUUGCAAUGCCAGCUGCCAGUGUGCCCACAAUGGAGUCUGUAGUCCCCAAACUGGAGCCUGUACCUGCACCCCUGGGUGGCAGGGGGCCUACUGCCAGCUGCCCUGCCCAAAGGGGCAGUUUGGCAAAGGUUGUAUGAGUCGCUGUGACUGUGACCACUCUGAUGGCUGCGACCCUGUUCAUGGACACUGCCAAUGCCAGGCUGGGUGGAUGGGCACCCGCUGCCACCUGCCCUGUCCUGAGGGCUUCUGGGGAGCCAACUGCACCAACACCUGCACCUGUAAGAAUGGGGGCACCUGCAUCCCCGAGAAUGGCAACUGUGUGUGUGCACCUGGGUUCCGAGGCCCCUCCUGCCAGAGGCCUUGCCAGGCUGGCCGCUAUGGCAAACGCUGUAUGCCCUGCAAGUGCAACAACUACUCCUCCUGCCACCCAUCAAAUGGGACCUGCUACUGUUUGGCCGGCUGGACAGGCCCUGACUGCUCCCAGUCAUGCCCCCCAGGCCACUGGGGAGCCAACUGUGCCCAGCCCUGCCUGUGUCACCAUGGUGGGACCUGCUACCCUCAGGAUGGAAACUGUAUCUGCACUCCAGGCUGGACUGGACCCCACUGCUUGGAAGGCUGCCCACCAGAGAUGUUUGGUGCCAACUGUUCUCAAGCAUGCCAGUGCGGUCCAGGAGAGAGGUGCCACCCAGAGACAGGGGUCUGUGUGUGUCCCCUGGGACAGAGUGGUACAGUCUGCAGGACUGGAAGCCAGGAGCCCUUCACCAUGAUGCCUACCCCUCCUGUGGCCUAUAAUUCACUGGGUGCAGUGAUUGGCAUUGCAGUUCUGGGGUCUCUUGUGGUGGCCCUGGUAGCACUAUUCAUUGGUUACCGCCAUUGGCAAAAGGGCAAGGAGCACCAACAUUUGGCGGUGGCCUACAGCACUGGGAGGCUGGAUGGUUCUGAGUAUGUCAUGCCAGAUGUCCCUCCAAGCUAUAGUCACUACUACUCCAACCCCAGUUACCACACCUUGUCUCAGUGCUCUCCUAAUCCUCCACCCCCCAACAAGGUUCCAGGAAGUCAGCUUUUUGCCAGUCUCCAGGUGCCUGAUCGGCCAGGUGGAGCCCAUGGGCAUGAUAACCAUGCCACCCUGCCUGCUGACUGGAAGCACCGCCGGGAGCCCCCUCCUGGGCCUCUGGACAGGGGUGGCAGCCGCCUGGACCGAAGCUACAGCUAUAACUACAGCCACACUAAUGGCCCAGGCCCAUUCUAUAAUAAAGGACCUGUCUCUGAAGAGGGACUGGGGGCCAGCAUGGCUUCCCUGAGCAGUGAGAACCCCUAUGCCACCAUCCGGGACCUGCCCAGCCUGCCAGGUGGCCUCCGGGAGAGCAGCUAUGUGGAGAUGAAAGGCCCUCCCUCAGGAUCUCCCCCGAGACAGCCUCUACAGCUUCGGGUUGGCUUAAGACAGCAGCACCGCCAGUCACAGAGAGACAGUGGCACCUAUGAGCAGCCUAAUCCUCUGACCCAUGAUCGAGACUCUGUGGGCUCUCAGCCCUCUUUUUCUCCAGGCCUGCCCCCUGGCCACUACGACUCACCAAAGAACAGCCACAUCCCUGGACACUAUGACCUGCCUCCAGUACGGCAUCCGCCAUCACCCCCACUUUGGCGCCAGGACCGUUGAGGAGCCAGGAUAGUAUGCCAGCAUACCUGGCCUUUGCUGCCUGAGGCUGCAGACAGAGCCUUGUGUCUCCAGCCAGGAGCAGGGAGUGGAUUGGCAGGCCAUGAAUUCGAAAAUAUCAAUGAAGGAAGUGAAUGAAGAGAGGGGAGCCUUGCUCCCAGGUUCCAUUAGGGGAGGUGCUGUAAUUGGAUCUCUUUUCACAACCCAUUGCUCCCCAAGGCCCCCAGGGCCCCAUGUGCAUAAGCUGGUAUUUUGAAUGUUGCUGGAUAACUGAUUUCAGAUUGAUUUUUAAAAUGUGUAUUGGGUACCUUUUCUGUGCAUGCCCAGGCCCUGUGUGCCUGCGUGCAUGCAUGCAUGCGUGUGUGUGUGUGUGUGUGUGUGUGUGUGUGUGUGUAAUGUGUCUGUCUGUCUGGUUUCAGAGGGGGUACCAGGCACAGGUCCUGCCCUCAGGCACUUACCAUGUAGCCAGGAAGCAGCCCACUUAUCUCUAAUGGUAGCCCCCUCACUGGCCUCCUGACAUUUACUUGGUAACUUCUGAUCCUGCUACUCAAAAUACAGGUGGGCAGGUGGGCUUGGCUGCUCCCUGCCCACAAGUCUUCAGUGCUUUCUGGGUGCUCCUUUGAUCUGGGGCCAGUCAAAACUUUCAAAGACUUCAAAAGCCCUGUUGUUUGGUUCACUGUCUCUCUAACCUCACCUUAGGUGUGGGACACCUGUCACUACACUUGUCACUCUGGCCUCUAGGUGCUGUCGUCUGCCACUCUUCUUCCACAUCUACAGUGUGUGUUCUUCUCCAGUCACCUGCUGACUCCUGCUUGUCCUUCACUCCUUUCCUCAGGGAAGCACCGUGCUCUGUGUCCCUCUCCAUAGCACAGAUGGCAGCUGUGUUCGUUCUCCAGGAACCUGCAGAAGGCCUGCUGGUUGCCAGGCACUGCACUUACUUGUUGUUAGGUUAAUCUCUGCCUCCCCACUAGACUGUAAGUUCCCUGAAGGCGGGACUCAUGUUUAUGCUAUUGGUUCCCUUGGCACAUGGUAGGCACUCAAUAAAUAUUCCCCAAAAGACUGAGUGACUGAGUGAAUUAAAGUACCAGUGACAAGACACAUGGGCCAAUUGUGUGCUCUCCAAGUGAACAGACUGCCUAGGUCCUGAAGCUUCCUCAAAGAUGGCCUUUUCUAGGGGAAUUGCACAAAGGCUGAAGGUGCUGGAGCAGAUGGCUGCGCAGGCUGGAGGCAGAAAGUACACUCAAAGGGGACCAGCAGGGUAGAGCCAUCCGUUUAGAAAAGUCUUCAGGUGAGAACUUUGAAUUAGGGUUUUUUGGUGCUGGGGUUUGAACUCGAGGCCUCACAAUUGCUAAGCAGGCACUCUAUCGCUUGAGUCACUCUGCCAGACCA